UAAGAAAAGAAGGGGAAAGGGGUAAGCUGUAUAAACACAUUAUUCUAAUUGUUGGAGCUGCUGCUCUGUGGCCAUUUAUAUCAUGAAAAGGUUAGUAGCGGAACUGUCAGGACAGGAUAUUGGUGACGUUCUUGCUAGUGUUUUUACUAUGUUCAAAUGAUAAGAAAAGUACAUUGUUGAGCCUUGGUUGGGUUCAACUAGUUACAGAAAUAGGGAUAAAAUUUGAACUAAAAGAAAAAUAGGUUUUAAGAUGUUUUCUUGUGUGAAACUUGGGCUAACUUUUUGGUGUCUUGCAUUAGAUCCAAACACCCAUGGAUUGUCUCUCUGCCAUAUACACGGUGUUGUCUCGGAGGCGUGGACAUGUUACUGCAGAUGUUCCUCAACCUGGGACCCCUGCCUACAUCGUCAAAGCGCUUUUACCUGUUAUUGAGUCCUUUGGUUUUGAGACGGACUUGAGGUAUCACACCCAAGGGCAGGCGUUUUGUCUUUCGGUAUUUGAUCAUUGGGCUAUUGUCCAUGGGGAUCCUCUUGACAAGAGCAUCGUUUUACGACCACUGGAGCCUGCCCCAAUUCAGCAUCUAGCUCGUGAGUUCAUGGUGAAGACAAGGCGUAGAAAGGGCAUGAGUGAAGACGUGACCAUCAACAACUUCUUUGAUGAGGCUAUGAUGGUGGAGCUUGCACAGCAGGAUGCUGAUCUUCACCUGCAGAUGAUGUAGAUAUCACAUAGUUGAGAUGGUUUUAUGUUUAUGUUUAGGCGCCAUUACUUCUUUAUGUCAUGUAGCCUACAGCUUCUUGAAAGAUGUAGAUAACUGAGGUUCUUGAACCACAAAAUUUAAUAUUCUAGUAUGAAUUGCCAUUCCAGGAUUACAGAUGGUUCUUGUUUCACUCCCUCCCUUUGAGGUCGUCUAUACCUGGGGUGAUCCCUUGUUCUGAGUUCUGACAUUCGAGUAUUUGAGUAAGUUUCCUCUGUCAAA